AUGGCAGCAAGAAAUGAUGCAGUAGAAAAGUACAAAUUAGUACUUUUAGGAGAACAGAGCGUCGGCAAGACGUCGCUGCUUUCUAGAUUUAUGUACGAUUCGUUUGAUUCCCAAUAUAAGGCCACCAUUGGUAUCGAUUUCAUGUCCAAGACCAUGUACCUUGCCGACCGCACAAUACGGCUCCAACUGUGGGACACUGCAGGCCAGGAACGGUUCCGGACCUUGAUUCCGUCCUACAUUCGGGAUUCGCAUGUUGCGAUUGUAGUUUACGAUAUUACGAGUCGUCAAUCAUUCAACGAUGCUGCGCGGUGGAUUGAAGAUGUACGGACAGAACGUGGCGACCAAGUGAUUAUUGCGCUAGUUGGUAACAAGACGGAUCUGAGAGAUGAGCGCCAGGUUACAGUGGAAGAAGGAGAAGCUAAAGCUAGAGAACUUGGGAUUUUGUUUAUGGAAACUAGUGCAAAACUUGGAUACAAUGUUAAGGCUCUGUUUAAGAAAGUGGCAGCUGAACUGCCUGGCUUGGAAACUGAUCGUCAUGAAGAGCCUGAAUUGAUUGAUGUGAGCAUUGAUACGAAUAAGACUCCAGUAAAUGCAGAGGGAUGCAACUGUUGA